GAGAAUGGCGCCCAAGAGGCGCGCGGUCCGGGGGACUACAUUUCCCAGAAGCCUCGUGGGCUUCGCGUUGUUGUUCAGCUAUCAGUUCUGUGGAGCUCUCCAGCCCGGAGCUGCGAGGAAAGCUGCGGGUUCGCGAGGCCGGCUGGCUGAGCCCAGCGAGGGAAAUGGUCCCCGCUCCACCGCUCGCCGGUUGAGGACGGGCGGCCCUGGCAGAGCGGCAGGCCAGCCGUGGCGCUGGGCGCCGGCCAGAAGGGGUAUAUUGUCGUCCCGUCUUGCUGCUGAAUGUCGGUUCCACAGGAUGAGGAGAGGCUUUUGCCGCUUGCCCAGAGAUGGCCCCGAGCGAGCAAGUUCCUCCUGUCAGGCUGCGCGGCUACCGUGGCCGAGCUAGCAACCUUUCCCCUCGAUCUCACAAAAACUCGACUCCAAAUGCAAGGAGAAGCUGCCCUUGCUCGGUUGGGAGACAGUGCAAGAGAAUCUGCUCCCUAUAGGGGCAUGGUACGCACAGCCCUAGGGAUUAUUCAAGAAGAAGGCUUUCUAAAGCUUUGGCAAGGAGUGACACCUGCCAUUUACAGACACAUAGUGUACUCUGGAGGCCGCAUGGUCACUUACGAACAUCUUCGUGAAGUUGUAUUUGGCAAAAGUGAAGAUAAGCAUUAUCCCCUUUGGAAAUCAGUAAUUGGAGGCAUGAUGGCUGGUGUUGUUGGCCAAUUUUUAGCCAACCCAACUGAUCUAGUGAAGGUUCAGAUGCAAAUGGAAGGAAAAAGGAAACUUGAAGGAAAACCUUUGCGAUUUCGUGGUGUGCAUCAUGCAUUUGCAAAAAUCUUAUCUGAAGGAGGAAUACGUGGGCUUUGGGCAGGCUGGGUACCCAAUAUACAAAGAGCAGCACUGGUGAAUAUGGGAGAUUUAACCACUUAUGAUACAGUGAAACACUAUUUGGUACUGAAUACACCACUUGAGGACAAUAUCAUGACUCAUGGUUUAUCGAGUUUAUGUUCUGGACUGGUAGCUUCUAUUCUGGGAACCCCUGCUGAUGUCAUCAAAAGCCGAAUAAUGAAUCAACCACGAGAUAAACAAGGAAGGGGACUUUUGUAUAAAUCAUCAACUGACUGCUUGAUUCAGGCUGUUCAAGGAGAAGGAUUCAUGAGUCUAUAUAAAGGCUUUUUACCAUCUUGGCUGAGAAUGACCCCUUGGUCACUGGUGUUCUGGCUUACUUAUGAAAAAAUCAGAGAGAUGAGUGGAGUCAGUCCAUUUUAAGCCCUUAAAGAUGCAGCCCUUAAAGAUACUGUGUUCAGUAUCAUUGAAAUAUGGGCAUCUACAACACACACCCCUAUUAUUUCUACCUCUUUAGGAAGACACCUUACUCCACAGAGACUGUGAUUUAUAGGGGGCAGCACUUUGUUUUUCUCUGGAAACCCAAGUUCUCUUUGACUCCUCUUUUUGUUCAAAAGCAAUCUGGUUGGAUUACACAAGGCCACCUAAUGAGACCCGGCACAGAAUUUCAAGAAGAUUUGAAUCCUGAGCACUUGGGCGAGAAGAUUUGACCUUUGAGAUGCUAUUCUAUGCUGAGGAGCCUACUUAGAGAAUUGCCAAAAGGGAGACAGCAUCUCAGACCUGAAGUAGACAAUAGGAAUCUGGAAGAAUACAUACAUACGUAGUGAUUCAGAAAUAUAUUUAAACUGUUGUCAGUAUUUUCAAUUGAAAUUUGAUGACUCCUUUUUCUGUUGUUAAAGUGCACAUACUGUAAAUUAAAGGGAGGUGAAUGAAAAUUCAUGAAUAAACAUCUUGAAUUUCCCUAGUGGUGAAGGAAGUUGAUGUACCUUUUCUUGACAAGAGGACAAAAAACAUCAAGUUGAGAUGAUACUUGGAUUUCAAGGAGAGAAGCUUCUUUCUGGCAGUGUCCCAUCUUUAGUUAGAUCUGCAUUAUUGACUAGCACUCCACUGCACAUGCUAAGGACUUCCCGACAGCCACAGACUGAGUCUUGAUGAACAUAGAGAAGAGCAUUUGCUUUGUUACAUAUGCCAUUGCAACCAGAGUUUGUCUCUGGCCCCCAAGAAUCUCGAUAUAUAAAAAAAUGCAGCUUGUUUGAGUAAAGCUUAGGUGGGUAGGUCCUUUUCAUAAAGCAACUUGUUAUUAUCAGCCUUUCAGGGGCAUUUCAAAAGCAAGGCUGAGAUGAAGUCAGCCAAUUCAGACAGGCAUCCUUUCUCAUCUCUCCUUCCCUAACACUAAGGGCCAGAGAGAGAGAACUCAGAAAUCACACUGAAGCUGUCUCUAGCCUGAAUCUUACCCAGUUCUGAAAAGCUUCCUGCCUAAUGAGUGAUGAGUAUAAACUGCCUAUGGUAUACAUUUAUGUCUCCAAUCAUUGAAUCAAAUACCCUCUUCUUAUUUUAGAAAGGUGAGAUUUUUCUUCAGAUUGACCUAUAUGCCACCUGUUCCCCCAACCUCAGACAGUGGGCAUUUCUGGAGGCAUAGGAACACUCAAAAAGCUUAGACCCAAGAAACACCUUGGAGUUAACCCAACAAAGUUUGUCAUGGACAUAGAGGAUGUUGAACAAAAAAAAAGUUUACAAGUGCUCUGUGGUUGCACUAAUGUAUAAUCACUGCCAUUUAAAAGGGGAAGUAUACUUUAAAAUAUAUUUUAAUGUGAUGUACUAAUAUGCAGUGGCUUAUUGUUUUUCUAUGAAACUUUCAGAAUGUGGAGUUUAGUCAACAUCUGUUGGUGGUCUACUUUUCCAUUGCAUCUGUCAAUCUGUAUGAAUUGAGUUGUUAAAUAUAUUUAAAAUAAUAUUAUGUACUUAAAUUCCCAAGUGUUCUGCAUUGGGACCACCUUUGGGAACUCUUUGGGUUUUCAUGUUUUAUAACUUUUAAAAUUAAGUAAAGCCUGGAUCAAAAUAUACCAACUGGACCAUGAAAAACAUUAUUUAGCUUUAUUCUUUGAGGGGCGUGGGGUGAAAACACUGUUUUAAAUACUGAGACUGUUCCUUGAUAUCUGGAUUCAACAUGAAAUUGGAAUUUUUUAACCUGAAGUGACUCCUUGGGAUCAUCUGGUUUAAUCCUCUCAUUUUACGUGUUAUGAAAGAGAAGCCCAGAGAAGUAGAGCUGCUUAUGCUCAUAGGUUACUUCAUAACAGAGCCUGGAUAAAAAUAUAGAUUUCCUAAUUAUUAUUAUUAUAAUUGGCAGUUAUUAUAUACUAAUUCAGUACACAGUCAAUACCUUAUGUUAUCUUCACAACAACCCAGUCCAGUGCUCUUGAA